CAUUUUUAAGGGCAUAGUUGCAACCCUUGCUUAUGGGAAGAGAAGUACCUUCAGCCUCUGACCCCAUGUUUCUGUCUUGCUGUGUGGCAUCCAGCUCGCUGUCUGCGUGUUUCUGAGCCAUGGAGUCUACUGUGGCUGACGUACACCUCAUGCCCAGGACAACCAAGGAAGUCCCCACUCCAGACGCUGCGUGCUGUCGAGUGGUCACCAUUGGUGUGGUGGCCACCAGCCUUGUCAUCCUCACCCUGGGAGUCCUUUUGGCCUUCCUGUCUACACGGGGCGUCCACGUGGACCACACGGCCGAGCUGCGGGGAAUCCGGUGGGCCAGCAGUUUGCAGCGGGAGGCCUCGGACUAUCACCGCACACUGACGCCCACCCUGGAGGCACUGUUUGUAAGUAGUUUUCAGAAGACAGAGUUAGAGGCAAGCUGUGUGGGUUGCACGGUGCUGAAUUACAGGGAUGGGAACUCCAGUGUCCUCGUACAUUUCCAGUUGCACUUCCUGCUGCGACCCCUCCAGACGCUGAGCCUGGGCCUGGAGGAGGAGCUGUUGCAGAGAGGGAUCCAGGCAAGGCUGCGAGAGCGCGGCAUCUCCCUGGCUGCCUAUGGCACAAUUGUGUCGGCUGAGCUCACAGGAAGACAUAAGGGGCCCGUGGCAGAAAGAGAUUUAAAAUCAGGCCGCUGCCCAGGGAACUCCUUUUCCUGCCAGAACAGCCAGUGUGUGACCAAGGUGAACCCGGAGUGUGACGACCGGGAGGACUGCUCCGAUGGGUCCGAUGAGGUGCACUGUGAGUGUGGCUUGCAGCCUGCCUGGAGGAUGGCCGGCAGGAUCGUGGGCGGUGUGGAAGCGUCCCCGGGGGAGUUUCCAUGGCAAGCCAGCCUUCGAGAGAACAAGGAGCACUUCUGUGGGGCCACCAUCAUCAGUGCCAGGUGGCUGGUGUCUGCCGCUCACUGCUUCAAUGAAUUCCAAGACCCGACGGAGUGGGUGGCCUAUGUGGGUACGACCUACCUCAGUGGUUCAGAGGCCAGCACCGUGCGGGCCCGGGUGGCCCAGAUCGUCAAGCACCCCCUGUACAACGCAGACACGGCUGACUUCGACGUGGCAGUGCUGGAGCUGACCAGCCCUCUGCCUUUCGGCCAGCAUAUCCAGCCCGUGUGCCUCCCGGCUGCCACACACAUCUUCCCACCCAGCAAGAAGUGCCUGAUCUCAGGCUGGGGCUACCUCAAGGAGGAUUUCCUGGUCAAGCCAGAGGUGCUGCAGAAAGCCACUGUGGAACUGCUGGACCAGGCACUGUGUGCCAGCCUGUACGGCCACUCACUCACUGACAGGAUGUUGUGCGCUGGCUACCUGGAUGGGAAGGUGGACUCCUGCCAGGGCGACUCAGGAGGACCCCUGGUCUGCGAGGAGCCCCCUGGCCGGUUCUUUCUGGCCGGCAUCGUGAGCUGGGGAAUUGGCUGUGCAGAAGCCCGGCGUCCGGGGGUCUAUGCCCGAGUCACCAAGCUACGUGACUGGAUCCUGGAGGCCACCACCAGAGCCAGCAUGCCUCUGGCCCCCACGGUGGCUCCUGCCCCCACCGCCUCCAGCACGACCUGGCCCACCAGUCCUGAGAGCCCUGUGGUCAACACCCCCACCAAAUCCACGCAGGCCCCCAGCACUGUGCCUCUUGACUGGGUCACCGUUCCUAAGCUACAAGAAUGGGGCCAGGCCUUAGACGUGGAGAAGCCCACACGGGUCGUGUGGGCGGGUUCGAGCUGCCUCGGGGAGCCCUGGCAGGUCAGCCUGAAGGAAGGGUCCCGACUCUGUGGAGCGACUGUGGUGGGGGACCGUUGGCUGCUGUCUGCCGCCCACUGCUUCAAAUCCAGUAAGGCUCCGCCCAGGAAGGCUCACGAAGGUGGAGCAGGUCUGGCCCACCUGGGCACCAAGGUCCUCCUGGCCUGGGCGGAGCCCGGUGAAGAUCGGCUGCGGCGGGUGGUGCUGCACUCUACAACCCCGGGCAUCCUGGACUUCGACCUGGCUGUCCUGGAGCUGGCCAGCCCUGGCCUUCAACAAAUACAUAUCCAGCCUGUCUGCCUGCUGGCCAUCCAGAAGUUCCCUGUGGGCCGGAAGGCAUGAUUCCUGAUGGGAACAUGCAGGGAAGGAAAUGCCACUAAGCCCGAGCUCCUGCAGAAGGCGUCUGUGGGCAUCAUAGACCAGAAGACCUGUAGCGUGCUCUACAACUUUCCUGCAGACCGCAUGAUCUGCGCUCGGCUUCCUGAAGGCAAAGUUGACUCCUGCCAGGGUGACUCUGGGGGCCCCCUGGCCUGUGAGGAGGCCCCCGGCGUGUUUUAUCUGGCAGGGAUCGUGAGCUGGGGUAUUGGCUGCGCUCAGGUUAAGAAGCCGGGCGUCUACACGCGCAUCACCAGGCUAAAGGGCUGGAUCCUGGAGAUCAUGUCCUCUCAGCCCCUUCCCGUGUCUCCCCCCUCGACCACAAGGACACUGGCCACCACCAGCCAUCCCCCCAGGACGACAGCUGGCCUCACGGUCCUGGGGGCCACACCCAGCAGACCCACCCCUGGGGCCGCCAGCAGGGUGACGGGCCAACCUGCCAACUCAGCCUUAUCUGCCAUGAGCACCACUGCUAGGGGACAGAUGCCAUUUCCAGAUGUCCUGGAGGCCACCACGCACUCCCAGCUACCAGACUGCGGCCUGGCGCCGGCGGCGCUCAGCAGGAUUGUGGGCGGCAGCGCAGCGGGCCGCGGGGAGUGGCCGUGGCAGGUGAGCCUGUGGCUGCGGCGCCGGGAACACCGCUGCGGGGCCGUGCUGGUGGCAGAGAGGUGGCUGCUGUCAGCGGCGCACUGCUUCGACGUCUACGGGGACCCCAAGCAGUGGGCGGCCUUCCUAGGCACGCCGUUCCUGAGCGGCGCGGAGGGGCAGCUGGAGCGCGUGGCGCGCAUCUACAAGCACCCGUUCUACAAUCUCUACACGCUUGACUACGACGUGGCGCUGCUGGAGCUGGCGGGGCCGGUGCGCCGCAGCCGCCUGGUGCGCCCCAUCUGCCUGCCCGAGCCCGUGCCGCGACCCCCAGACGGUGCGCGCUGCGUCAUCACCGGAUGGGGCUCGGUGCGCGAAGGAGGCUCCAUGGCGCGGCAGCUGCAGAAGGCUGCCGUGCGCCUCCUCAGCGAGCAGACCUGCCGCCGCUUCUACCCGGUGCAGAUCAGCAGCCGCAUGCUGUGUGCCGGCUUCCCGCAGGGCGGCGUGGACAGCUGCUCGGGUGACGCUGGGGGACCCCUGGCCUGCAGGGAGCCGUCUGGACGAUGGGUGCUAACUGGGGUCACCAGCUGGGGCUAUGGCUGCGGCCGGCCCCACUUCCCAGGUGUCUAUACCCGGGUGGCAGCUGUGAGAGGCUGGAUAGGACAGCACAUCCAGGAGUGACCGCCACGUGACUGCCCAGGCCGGGA